GAGAGAGAGAGAGAGAGAGAGGAGCUGAAGGUGCAGACACGCGUCUCCUCACACAGUGAAAGUUGGAUUUUACAGCGGAGGAGGAGGAAGAGGAGGAGGAGAUAUCACCAGAGAUGAUGAAGCUCAGAAGAUGAGCAGCGGUGAAGAGAGGACCGGGGCAGAUCCACGGAACCCAGAGCUGUCCACGGCAGUGUGCUGAGCGUAGAUAAGCCCCUCCCCCUUAUGAGGUGAGAACUCUUCCCCAUCCUGCAUCCUUUUCCCUCCCAGCACCAACAGCAGGAAAAAGGGAUGUCACGACUGUUCCUCCUUUUGGCAACGCUCGUCGUCUCCUGCAGCGUCCAGGUGUCUCCCGCUGCCACCCUGGAUAAGCUGAAGGAGAGUUUGAAGUUGUACAUGGACGAGUGUGAUCGCAACAACAGUCGAGACCCGCCGAGCACCGGCCUCUUGUGCAACAGGACGUUUGACAAUUACGCCUGUUGGCCCGAUGGAGUCCCCAACACCACCGUGAGCGUGGCGUGUCCCUGGUAUCUGCCAUGGUACCAUGAAGUUCAGCACGGUAUGGUGUAUCAGGAAUGUGACGCAAACGGCCAGUGGGUGGCUACGAAGAAUACCAGCGAGUGUGACUCCAAUAAUCCAAGGAAGCAGUACUACGGCCACAUCCGGAUCAUGUACACAGUGGGAUACUCCUUAUCUCUGGUGGCUUUGGUGCUGGCGCUCGGGAUCCUCAUAUUCUUCAGGAAGCUGCACUGCAUGAGGAACAACAUCCACAUGAACCUGUUUGCCUCCUUCAUCCUGCGAGCGCUGUCGAUCCUCAUCAAGGACGCUCUGCUGGUGGCCAACAUCACAUCGCAGGACCUCAGCAGGGACCAGGAGCAGGAGUUCCCUCGGGCGUCCAUGCCUCCAGUGGAGCUGCUGGUCAACAAUGAGAUCACAGUCAGCUGUCGCAUCGCCGUGGUGAUGAUGCAAUACAGCAUCAUGGCCAACACCUACUGGCUGCUGGUGGAGGGCAUCUACCUCCACAACCUGCUGGUGAUCACCGUGUUCACCGAGAGGAACUACUUCAAGAUCUACCUGUGCAUCGGCUGGGGAACUCCGUUGAUCUUCCUCGUGCCCUGGGUGAUAGUUAAAUAUCUGUAUGAAAACCAAGAGUGCUGGGGGCAAAACAUAGACAUGAAUUACUGGUGGAUCAUACGUUCCCCAAUUCUACUGGCAGUUGUGAUCAACUUCCUCAUCUUCAUCCAUAUCAUUAAAAUUCUCGUGUCAAAACUUCGAGCUCACCAGAUGAGAUACACCGACUACAAGAUCCGGUUGGCCAAGUCGACUCUGACCCUGAUCCCUCUGCUGGGAAUCCAUCAGGUGGUCUUCAUCUUUGUGACGGACGAAUCUACCAAGACCACCAUCAGUUUGCGUCUCACCAAGCUCUUCAUCGACCUCUUCCUCUCGUCCUUCCAGGGUCUGUUGGUGGCCAUCUUGUAUUGCUUCGUGAACAAAGAAGUGCAGUCCGAGAUCCUGAAGAAGUGGAAGCGCUGGAAGCUGGGGCGGAACAUCGAGGAGGAGUACCGCCACACGUACAGCAACACGCCCAACACCAAGAGCGGCAGCCUGCUGAACCACGUGACCCGGCUGCCCCGCCUCCCGGACAUCGCCAAGGCCUCGGCUCCGCCCGGCAGCCCCGAGGAGCGGCACAUGCUGGUGGCUCGCUGCCACAACGGCGCCGUGCACGGCACCGGGGACGGGCCGGGCUCCUCUCCACUGCACCGGGGCACGGUCAGCAGCUGCACCCUGACGGAGGACAUCAGCCUCACGGACAAGGUGGAGAGCUACAAGGCCCAGAGAGGGAACGCAGAGAGCCACCUGUGAACGGCUCGGGGAACUCUGAGAGGAGACUCUGAGGAGCUUUGAGCGCUGGCUCCGACUUCCUGCGCUGGGUGGAGGAGUGGAGGAGCUGUUUGAGUCGUGUGUCAGACAGAGAUCAGUGACUGAACAGAUCUCGCUCCACAGCCCGAGAACCGAGGGGGAAAAACACGGCAGACGUCCGAAUGUGCUGUGAGCUUUGUGAAUGCAUUUCUGUAGAUGUUUGUCGGACGGUGUCAGAAACUGCUGCAUGUGGAACGAUGCAACAACAGAAUCUCAAAGGCAGAUAUUAGACCUGUAAAAUAAUACGAAGCAGACAAAAAAAAAAGAGCCCAAAACCUCAAAGAGCAACAACGGCAACAAAGGGGACAAAAAGGACGCAGGGUCUUUUUACUCAAGCCUCUGUUUUUCAUUUGUGCUGUGUAUUAAAUGUGUGUUUUUGUGGAACUGGAGGUUAAAGACAAACUGGACGUUGAACUGUUUACACAACAAAUACCAACAAGUGACCCAGAAGAAGGAUUCUGCUUCUUCUUGUGCUCUGGUAUCUGUUAGUGUUUAUGUCCGAAGUGACUCUGGUGAACAUGUACAGGAAGAGGAAGAAACCUCAAACAGGACGGUGACCACAGUGUUGUUCGAGUGCCCCCCC